AUAGAAUUACCCAAAUCGGCCCAAAACUACACAAAUCGUCCUAGCAUUACUGGCGAGAAGCCGGAUCAUGCAGCAACUGCAACACGGAAGAGGGCUCGGGCGGCGUCGACGCGAGGACAACAGCGUAGUGGUGCAAGGACGCAGCCGGCCAGGGCCAGGACGAAGCCCGCCCGUUUCGCCUCCCCCUCCUCGGGGGGCUCCUCGGGCGGCUCUGAUACGGACGGCGACCACACAUCCCAGAGGCCCACUGCCGGCAUAGCGGCGGGUGGCACAGCGUCGCAGCCUCCACCCCUGUCGGCCGACGAUUGGACGACGCUGCAGGCGCUCAUCGCGCAGGCCCGGGGGCCCUCUCACGCCACAAGCCUUCCGGCCAUGGGGACCUCCGAGGCCGACCCUGCCGCGGCUGCCACAGCCGCCCUGCCCCCCUCCACCGACCGUCGCCCACGGGCCAGGGCCAGGGGGCAUACGUCGAGGCAACGUGCGAGCUCCUCCAGUCCGUCCUCCUUCGACGAGUCCCCCGAGAAGAGAGCGCCCCCCACUUUUUCUAGCCCCUGGCCGGGGCAACUCCGGGCGACCACGGGCUCCAGCAUCCCACUCUUGGGCGUGCACAUCCCGCAAGCCCUUCAGGAGAAGGUCUGGGCAAACAAGUAUGUGGACCUCGGACACUUGCUUGCCUAUGAGCGGGAAUCAGGUUCUUUCGAGUCCCACUCUGCGACAUUCCCUGACGCAAAGCAGCCUGGUAAGAAGCAGCCGUCCCUGACGCCGGACCAGUGGGCGCAUGGCCUUGACAUCUACGCCACUAUCUACGUCGAGAAGCACCCAGCGGAGGCUCAGGCGCUGUUUACCUAUGCGCGUUACGUGAAGACCAUGAAGACGACCCUCAAAGGCGACUGGAUGUGGUACGAUAAGGCCUUCAGAUGGGACAGGGAGAGGUCGGGCUGUUCAUGGUUGGACUACAGGCUGGACUUGGAAUUUCGCUCGGUGCAACGCAUCGCCCAGGCCGCUGCUCAGCCGAUGAGGCAGGAGGCAGGGCGACCGGCAGCACUUUCUCUCUCCAGCGCCCGGGCAGCUGGGCUACCCCCGGGCUACUGCUUCGCCUACCACUCGAGGGGACCCGGCUGCACUUUCACCUCAUGUUCAUUCAAGCACUACUGCCCACGCUGCCGAAGGAGGACCGCUCAAGACUCUUCAACAACACAGGGCAGACAGCCAGGCUCCGGCCGCUUCGAACUUCCACGCUCUCGUCCCGCACUAGAGCUCAUUACCCCCUCAACCCCCCAGGCCUCACUCGGCUUUGUGCCCUGCUCCAGGUUUCGUCUCAACCUCUACGAUACGCUACUACACUGCCAUCAAAAAGACAACUGUAAUCGAACCUGUGCUAAAUAAAUAUAUAAAGAACAAUAAACUGUGUCUAAUCAA